ACCGAAACCGGAAUCCGAACCCAAACCCAGAUCUUGUCGGCAUCAACCAGGCUAAGAACGGACUUGGCUACGGAUUGAGAAUAUAUCAAACCAAAAGUUUUACAUUACAGAGCGGAGGAGUUGAAUUCGAAGGAUCCCCUUGAAUCAAUUCUGCUCUACUACCUAGUUUUUAAGAAGAAACAAACGAUGCCUCGUAAAGGAUUAUCCAAUUUCGAUGAUUAUGAUGAUGGUUUUGAUGAUGAUGACGAUGCUUAUGAUUAUGACUACGAUAUUGAUAUAGAUGGACCUGAAGAAGAAGAAGAAGAAGAAGAAGUUGUUGUACCAAAGGAAGAAAUUGCUAAGGCAGGGCUUUGGCGAUGUGCAAUCUGUACAUAUGAUAAUGAUGAGAGUAUGUUUGUGUGUGAUAUUUGCGGUGUUCUUCGCCAUCCUGUGGCCGGAAAUCAAAGUAUCAAUAAGAAUAUAGUUGAAGGCAGAUGCAAAGAACCUGUGGUAUCCAAAUUGGCAAAGUCCCUUUUCGGAUCAGUCCCAUCUAAUACAUCGAAAAGGGCUGUUCUUUGUCUGCUUGAUAACAAGAAUCUUGUGAAGGAACAGGGACCUCUGCCUGGAAUUUCCCGUGGGAAUAUUCAUGAUCUCCACAAGGCUUUUAGUUCUAAAACAUCCUGCGUUAGUAUAGCACCUUUCAAGUUUGAUGCUCCAUCGCCAGAUGAUUUAGUCACCAAUGGACUGACAUCCACGAAAAGUGGUCCGAAAGGCUCAGGUGAUGCUAGCAUGAGGCAGAAGGAGAAGCAAGAUAGCGCAGAAAAUAAUCCUUUAAAGAAAGGAGGCGAUAGUUCAGAAACAAGCUCCCGAGGUAGACAUGAUAAACUUGAUAAUAGUUUUUCGAAGGGAGGUGCGCGCGGCAUAAAAUCAGGCAAAAGUUUGCCAAAAGAAAAAACAGAUAUGUCUAAUGAGACAAGUUCUUCCUCCAAAUAUAUGGAGUCGUCGGAGAGGCUUACUGGUACUAUGAACAAGAUGUCUUUGACUGGGGAAACAGAAAAAUCCAGCGAUAUUAUGACUAUAAGACCAAAAUCAAAAUCUAAGCAUAAGCCAGAGGAGUGGAUGCUUCUUGACAAAGAACCAGAUGCUCUUAGCCAACUUAAUCUUGCCAUUGUGGGGCACGUUGAUUCUGGUAAGUCAACACUCUCGGGUAGAUUAUUGCAUCUGUUGGGAAGAAUAUCUCAGAAGCAAAUGCACAAGUAUGAGAAAGAAGCAAAGUUGCAGGGCAAAGGGUCUUUUGCAUAUGCCUGGGCAUUGGAUGAGAGUGCUGAAGAGAGGGAGCGAGGAAUAACUAUGACUGUGGCUGUUGCUUAUUUUAAUUCCAAAAGACAUCAUGUUGUUUUGCUCGACUCUCCUGGACACAAAGAUUUUGUUCCAAACAUGAUAGCAGGAGCAACACAAGCAGAUGCCGCGAUUCUUGUCAUAGAUGCAUCUGUCGGUGCUUUUGAAGCUGGUUUUGAUAAUCUGAAAGGCCAGACAAGGGAGCAUGCACGUGUUCUGAGAGGUUUUGGCGUGGAGCAAGUCAUAGUUGCAGUCAACAAAAUGGAUAUUGUUGGGUAUUCAAAGGAAAGAUUUGAUUUGAUUAAGCAGCAUGUUGGAUCCUUUUUGCAAACCUGUCGUUUUAAGGAUUCGUCUCUGACAUGGAUUCCUUUAAGUGCCAUGGAAAAUCAAAAUUUGGUGGCAGCUCCCUCUGACAACCGCUUAUCCUCAUGGUAUAAUGGUCCAUGUUUAUUGGAUGCCGUUGACUCUGUCAAGUCUCCUGAUAGAGACGUCUCAAAGCCUCUGCUCAUGCCUAUAUGUGACGCUGUAAGGUCAACUUCACAAGGGCAGGUAUCUGCAUGUGGCAAACUUGAAGCGGGAGCUGUUCGGUCAGGAUCCAAGAUAAUGGUUAGUCUCCAAAAUCCAGUUUGUGUGGAGACAUUUUCCGAAAGUAGAGCUCUUGGAAGAGUGUUCCUUAGAUCAUCGGGAAGAACUGUCGCUAUGGGAAAAGUUACUCGAAUUAUCCAAGACUCAUAA